UCACAGUCUAAUGUAUUUAUAAAUCGCAGUUCUCAUUCCGACGAGGUCGGUAGAGCUCAUUUGGGGCCGAGUUCAUUCAUACGUAGCACGAUUUGUGUUUUUGUUUACUGUGUGUCGGUGAACGGAUGUUUUUGUGGAGGUUUCGGUGCGGAUUGAGGGGGUGAGGAGAUGAGACUGUAGCGAGGUCGUAGAAACUGAGAAAAUUGUGAGUGGAUCCUUUUGAUGGGACGCUUCUAACCCAAGAUGGUCUACGACUGUGGUUCCUGUUUGGCCAAGUACAUCCUGUGCUUCUUCAAUUUCGUCAUUUUCCUGGCCGGAUCAGCCGUUCUAGCCGUUGGAAUAUGGCUAGCCGUGGACAAGAACUCCUUCAUAGGCUUGAGCAAAAUCGUGCCGAACGACAACGUGCAGCAAUUUACGCAGCCCGCCGUGAUUGAGCAGGGGUCGUACAUUUUGAUAGGUGUGGGAGCUUUCAUGUUCGUCGUCAGCUUCCUGGGAUACUGCGGAGCGCUGAGGGAGUCGCAGUGCCUUUUGACAACGUACGGGAUUUGUCUGUUGAUCAUCAUAGUCGUGGAGAUCACCGUCGGGUGCUUGACUGUCGCCUACAAACCGAAAGCGGAAGAGGAGACGCGGAAGGUACUCAAGUCCACGAUCGAGAAGUACUACUCCACCCCUGAGAACAAAGACGCAGUGACUUUAAUGUGGGACCAUUUGCAAGCGUCGCUCAAGUGCUGCGGAGUCAACAACUACACCGACUACGAAAGUAGUACCAAGUGGAAAGAUAGCGGCAAGGUCAUCCCCGAAUCCUGUUGCGUCUUGGAAGGGGACCCUUUGAAGUUUCAACCCAAGUCGCCUGAGUGCGUCACCAAGCCGAGCGAAGUCAACUCCUACUACAAAAAAGGUUGCUUCAACGCCGUUAUUCACUGGCUCAUGACCCACAUCGACAUCGUCAUAGGCAUCGGCGUCGGCCUCGGCCUGCUCGAGCUCAUCGGCAUCUUCUUAGCCUUCUGCCUCUCCAAAGCCCUCAACGGCUACAUCAAAUGAGCCCCCACCAAAAAGUGCAUUUAAUCUAAUAAUCUAGUCGUUACGAUCAUUGUUGUCUAAGUGUGUACAUAUUCUAAGCAACGAACUCAGUAUUACGUGCGCGUGCCUUUCGACCGACCAAAUUUUCAUAGUAGCACAGCACACUGUAACCUUGUUAGUGUUAAGGAGCCAAAUAAACUUUCUUUACACAUGGA